AUGUCGCCGGGCACGGCCACCGCGCGGAAUGUGGACGCGGCGCUGUCGCCCAAGGGUCCUCGGACGCGGCUGCCCGACGACCUGCCGAUGGGCCGCUUCCAGCUCAUGAUCCUCGCCUGCGCCCAGCUGUCGGCGGCCGUGGACGCGUACCAGAUCCUGAGCGCGCGCCUGCUGGCCCCGCCCGUGGACCACUGGUGCCGGCCGUCGGCGGAGUUCUCGCACAUGUCGGCCGACAUCUGGAGGAACGUCAGCGUGCCGCUGGGCAGCGACGGUCGCUUCAACCAGUGCGCCGUCUACGAGCAGCCCUCCGGUUCCCAGCAUUCCGGGCUCUCGCUAGACUCGGCGCGGCCGGCGGUAGCGUGUCACGACUGGGACUACGACCUGGCACCCGGAGUGCAGACCAUGGUGAGCCGUUGGAAUCUCGUCUGCGACUACGCCUGGCAGGUGACGCUUACCAGAGUCUACCACAUCGUGGGUAGCUUCGUCAUGCUACCGCUGGCGGGUCAGCUGAGCGACAAGGUGGGCCGACGCGUCAUCAUCAACUUGUGCGUCAUCCUCGCCAUGUGCGCCGGCCUGGCGGUCGCGUACGCCGAGUCCUUCGUCGUAUUCGUCGUGUCGCGCAUGUUUGUCGGCGCCUCCGUAAGCACGCUGCGUAUCAACACGCUCAUCCUGCUCUUCGAAGUGGUCACGCCGUCGUACCGCGACCUGUACUGCUGCCUCGCGCAGUUAGGACUGAUCGCGGGCAGCGUUGUGGCCACCUCGCUCGAGGGCGGAGUCGUCGACGUGCGCGUAGUCGAGGUAGUGGGUAUCAUGCCGACGUCGCUGCUCGUCUUCUGCUUCUACGCGGCGGAAGAGUCGCCCAUGUGGCUGCUGGCCACCUGGAACUUCAUCAGGGCCAAGAAGGUCCUGCUCUGGAUGUCUCGCGUCAACGGCGUGGCUGUCGCCAUCGACAUGCCCGGUGUGAACAACGAGUACAGCAUGAAGCGCGCCGAAGGACUGCGGUCCCUGUAUCGCGUCAGCGUCCUCGACUUGCUCACCAACGACGCCCUGCGAAGGCGAGUCGGCGGCAUGAUGUGCAUCUGGUUCUGCCUGCUCUUCGCGAUGCACGGUGUGUUGCGACACACGCCGAGGCACACUGACAUCUGGCUCGUGCUCACUGCCGUGGUACCCCGCGCGGCGGCGCUACCGGCGGCUUACAAGCUGCUGCGCGGCUCCAGCCGCAAGGCGGCGCUGGGGAUGUGCGUCGCGCUGUCCUGCUGCCUUUCGUUCGGCCUGGCGCUCCUCACGCUGUUGGCUCCGCCCAAGAACAAAGGUGUGACGACGCUGUUCUGCGAGCUGACCUUGUCCGCACUGGGGAUGGCCUACACGGUGGUGAUCAUGCACAGCCUCGAGAUGUUCCCUGCCGUGAUUCGAACCAUGGCCGUGUGCACCGUGAUGUCGUCUGGUCGUGUCGGAGCUGCCCUGUCCACCGGCAUCGACGCCACGCUCCAGCGCUUCCACCGCAGUGCGCCGCUCUUUCUGGGCGCGCUGUCGCUGGUCGCCGCGCAGGUUGCCGUGGUCAGCCUUCCCGAGACCAAGUACAGCCGGCUGCCGAACACGAUGUACGACCUCGAAGCCAACGUGGUCAAGCAGGUGGUACUCGACAUACUGCAGAACAAUACCCCGCACAACACGAGGCAGCAAACCGAAACCAGCACUCCAGAUAGAAAGUGA